CUAAUCAAAAUACACACAAUCCAAUCCAAUAUAAAGGAGGCACUCAGUGGCCAGUUUCACACCUCUAGGCGAACGAAUAGUCAUCAAGCCGAUGGAACAGGAAACCCAGACCCGUGGCGGCAUCCUGCUCCCGGACACUGCGAAAGAGAAGCCCCAGGAGGGCGAGGUCAUCGCGGUGGGUCCGGGCCGGACCGCUGACGACGGCUCCCGCAUCGCCAUGGAACUCACCGUGGGCGACAAGGUCAUCUAUUCCAAGUACGCCGGCACCGAGUACGAAGACGGCGACGACGAAUAUCUGAUCAUGCGCGAGUCCGACGUUCUGGCCAAACUCGGCUAG